CAACGAGAGUGUUUAUUCGGAAAAAGCAUCAUACUCUUCGGCAGUGCCUAUCUCGCGGUGUUCAGUCAUCCGUAAUUAAGGCAUCAUAGUGCUUCUACAAUACAAAACAAUGCCACCGCUGUUUCUUUUCGCUCGUCUAUUCUGAAAUUUACGGUAAAAAUUUAGUGUUUCGUAACCUUGUAUAUCGGAUGGCCCACGCUGAUCCGUCCAUGACUCAGGAGUCCGAUGAACCAUUGGCUGUUGUUAGUCCAGAGGAACCCACACAGCCACUUCAUACAUCAACACCAAAGAAACCCAUACAUACAAGUAAAACAGGAAAAGGCAGACCAGUUCGGAGGUUAUUAAAGCUUAAGAAAACAGGGGAAGUGCAACGUCUACAGCCAUGUAGGAGAUGAUGUUUUCAUAGCAAUGUAUCCCAGAGCCAGAUCAUCAGGGCUAGAGAAAAAGUAUAGACGAAGGAUUUCAACUGUAGAGUUGACUGGAUGUUGGAAAAGUUUGAAGAAUCCCCGAAUUGUUUUGGUUAUGUUACCAAACCUCAAGAUUUAGUUGGAAAAGACACAAAAUAUUGGACGAGCACAUAAGAAGUACUAUUAGAAUGUUAUUCAGAUAAAGAUGGCAGACGGAUCAACCAUUAUUGCAAUAACAACAAUCAUCCUUUCAUUUGUUGUCCAGACAUGGUGUCAGGAUUGCUUGCCAUGCUCUUGCUGCAAACUAGGAACGGCAUGCUCCGGGACCAAGGACGGGAUAGACAACUACUGCUUGGGAGGAUGUAUGGAUGGAUACAUGAGUUCUCAGUGUCAGAAACCUUGUGUUAAUAAACUUUGUCAGAGGUGUUCAAAAUCUGGUACAUGUGACACAUGUUAUGAUAACUAUUACGGAGAACAAUGCACAAGUAAGUGUCCAUCGACCUGUAAAACAUGCACUUCAAGCAAUUCCUGCACAUCCUGUAAGGACGGAUACCACAACGGGUCGGAGACAACGUGUUUAUAUCCGUGUAAAACAUUAUGUUUAUCUUGCUCCAAUAGCACAUCCUGUACAGCAUGUAAAGUCCGUAGCGGUGUUGGAUAUUAUGGAAGUGAUUGCUCAAUUCAAUGCAGUAACAAGUGCAAAGCCUUCUUAUGCGAUAUAAAUGGAAAUUGUCUGCAAUGCGAUGACCCUAACUUUAAAGGUGAUAAUUGUGAUAGAUGUGUUGACGGCAAAUACGGAAAUCAGUGUAAGAAAAAUUGUCCUGUAAAUUGUAUAUCAUGCGAAUCUGACACUCACUGUACUUCAUGUACAGACGAAUUUACGGGAAUCACGUGCUCAACAAGGACGGAAUGCCCAGACAAUUGUUACAAUAGUAGCUUUUGUUUAAGCACUGGAAAAUGUGAAUCAUGUAAAGACGGAUUGUAUGGCGAAUAUUGCAAUAUGACCUGUUCACGAAAUUGCAGGUAUGGGUACUGCAAUCAAGACGGGUCUUGUAAAGCAGGCUGUAAGGACGGGUUUAAUGGCUCAAUGUGUGAAAUAAAGAUUUGCCCACCGAACUGCACUUGUAAUACCAGCAACAACUGUAUAGGAUGUAAUAGUAAUUAUUUUGGGCCUUCAUGUUCUCUAACCUGUAGUUCAUGUAAAGUUAAUGUAUGCCCUGUAGAUCGUUUAAAUGCAGUGAAAUGUGACGAAUGUGCAGACGGGAAGUAUGGUAAUCUCUGUAACGAAAGCUGUCCGAAAAAUUGUUUGAAUGAUAGCUGCAAUCAAGACGGGUCAUGUAAAUCAGGUUGUGAGGACAGGUUUAAUGGCUCAAGGUGUGAACAAAGGAUUUGCCCACCGAACUGCACUUGUAAUACCAGCAACAACUGUAUAGGAUGUAAAAGUAAUUAUUUUGGGCCAUCAUGUUCUCUUAGCUGUAGUUCAUGUAAAGAUAUUAUAUGCCCUGUAGAUCGUAUAAAUGCAGUAAAAUGUGACGAAUGUGCAGACGGGAAGUAUGGUAAUCUAUGUAAUGAAAGGUGUUCAGACAAUUGUUUAAAUAAUAGGUGCGACCAAGACAGUGGGGCAUGUACCUGCGAAAACGAAUACAAAUUUCAAAAUGGUACAUGUGUCCGUAGUAUAUGCCCAGCUAACUGCUCCACAUGCACUUCGUCUGAUAAUUGUACUUCCUGUGUUGAUGAAUAUUAUCAUGGAGAUACCUGUGAGCACGAAUGUAGCAACUGCAGGUCAGGAACAACCUGUGGGAAGAGUGAUGGAUACUGUCAGGAUGAAUGUGCAGACGGCUUUAGUGGGUAUUAUUGUAGUACUCCUUGCAAUGAUGGAUGUGAUACAUGUACACGUAGCCAAACUAAUGAAUGCCGAGCAUGUAGAACUGGAAGACAUGGCUAUGAUGGAUCAUACUACACAUGCAGUAACACUUGCAAUUAUACAUGUGCGAACAAUUCUUGUGACGCGUUGAACGGCCAAUGUGACCAAGGCUGUGUAGAUGGAUAUUUUGGACCGUUUUGUAACAUUUCGUGUGCAUCAAAUUGCAAAUCGUGCCACCAUGACAACGGCCUAUGUGAUUUAUGUGCAUAUGAUUAUUGGGGCGAAUACUGCUUGAACAAUUGCAGCGAAAACUGUACGCAUAUAAACGAGUCAUUGUCAAGCUGUGACAUUGCAUCUGGUAAAUGCAAAUACGGAUGCCAACAUGGGACUCACGGCUCACUCUGCAGUAUUGAAUGUGACCAAAAGUGUAUCGCUUCUGAAAGUGGAGUUCGUGAGUGCAGACAUACAGAUGGUCAGUGUACACAAGGAUGCAUUACUGGGUAUAAGCAGGGAAAUACAGGAUGCAUAGAUGUUCUCACAUUUUCCGAAGCAUCCGUCGGUGCUCGCACAUCUGGAGCAGUUAUAGGUGGCGCUGUUGGUGGAGUUGUCGCUCUUCUUGCAACUGCACUUGUCAUUGGAGCUUUCAUCUUAAUAAGGCGGUCAAGAAGAAGAAAAGACAGCACCGAUAAUCCAAAGACAGGCGGCUAUGAAGCAGAUUUGGUUAUUUCCAAAGAGGAGAAUGGCGCAGUCUUUCAAAACGCAACUGCUUCUACCAGUAUUUAUCAUGUUAUUAACGAUACGACCGAAAACGUUAAACCUGAAAAUGGUUUUGAAAACAAUCCUACAGCUUCUAAGGAUGAAAACAAAGAAGAUCGUUCACCGGACUGCCAAGACACAAUUGUGAUAACAAAGGCGUCAACAGGGCAAUCAAAGACAAAAAAGCUAAGAAACUCAGCAGGAAGAUCAGAACAGUUGGAAAACAGCGUGAAAGGUCAAACACCUAUUAAAGAUGCGUCGAAUGACAUAACACAUAACAAAGACACCGGUGAUGUGUACUACAAUAUGAAUGAGGUUGCCGUCAAAGACUUGGGAUUAUUCGUGGCUACAAAGGACAAAGCAUAUUUUCUCGAAGAGUUUAAGAAACUUCCUGAAGGUUUGGUAAAACCCCAUCAAGAUGCAAUGAGGCCAGAAAAUCGUCCCAGAAAUAGAUAUCAAGGCAUUUACCCAUAUGACGACACCAGAGUGAAAUUGACGGGUGGAGAUACAGAUUUUAUCAACGCAAGUUUUGUAGACGGAUACAGGCAGGAAAAUGCAUACAUUGCAUCACAAGGUCCAACAGAGAAGACAAUGCAGGACUACUCGGUGUUUUGGCGGAUGAUCUGGCAACAAAAAGUUGGCAAGAUCGUUAUGCUCACAAAUUUAGUUGAAGACGGGAAACCAAAAUGCGACCAAUAUUGGCCGGAUCAUGGAACCACCAAACAGUAUGGAGAGAUACACGUGACGUGUUUAACUGAAGACAUGUACGCCGACUUCUUGAUGUUAACUUUUUCAGUGAAAAUGGAUAAAGAGGACAGGGCGGUACAACAUCUUCAUUUCACCAGCUGGCCAGACAAAGGGGUUCCCGAUGAUGUAACUUCCCUGGUAGAUUUCCGUCACAGGGUUCUACAAACAAAAUCUCCACUUGAUGGACCUACUCUCGUUCACUGCAGUGCUGGCGUUGGCAGGACGGGAACUUACAUAGCGAUGGACGUGCUGACAAGAGAGGGUGAAGCGGAAGGAUCCGUUGACAUUCAUGGCUGUGUCAACACCCUAAGACAUCGUCGUACGCGUAUGGUCCAAACCGCUGACCAGUAUGCUUUUCUGCACCAUGCAAUUGUCCACACGUUGACGUUAGACAGUACUCCCGUGACAACGGAGGGGUUUACAGCCUACUUGUCGGAUUCGGAGAACGAACAGAGGCAAAUCAAACAGUUCAAGCAACUUGAAGAUAUCACGGAAAGAUCUGAACAUGAGCGACUAGCAUCUGAGAGAAACGCAGCCUUAACUAAUUCCAACAGGAAGGGCACUGACAUUCCAGGUAACUUAUACAGACCGAGACUGCAUUUAGGUAAAGAACCGGGGCAGGAUUAUAUCAACGCCAUGUAUGUAAAUAGCUACAAACAAAGGAAAAAAUUUGUUCUCGCUAUGACCCCGCUUGAUGAGACUGUGGCUGACUUUCUUUGCCUCACAAUACAAGAAACAGCCGCCUGCAUUGUCGAUAUGGAGAAUGACAGUUCCCUGUACAUUCCCGAUGUUGGCACGCAAGCAAAAUUCGGUUCAUACACAGUAGACAAUCUUCGAGAGAAGUCAACAUCGUACAGUGUCAACCGGGUACUUAGAAUAAGCUACAACGGCCGGGGAGGACCUAAGGAGCAUACGGUGUCACACUACGAAUAUACGGGAUGGCCAGACAAUGCAGAAGUUCCCGAGUCUGCUAAAAACUUCUUGCAUCUUGUUAAGGAAGUAGAAACAAAGUCCGCAUCUGGAUCUGUCAUUGCGCACUGCAAGACUGGAGGCGGACGCUGCGGCAUGUUUGCAGCUGUUUGGACUAUUCUGGAGAAGACUGGCAUUGAACAUGAAGUAUCGAUAUUUAAUACAGUUCGCCAGCUGCGGGCAAGGCGACCAAAUGCCUUAUGCACUAGUGAGCAGUACUCAUUUUGUUACGAAUGUGUUCGCGAGUAUCUUCAAACAUUCGACAUCUACUCCAACUUCUCGUAGCAACUUGAAAUCACAAAACUUGUAUAAAAAUACCUAUAAUCAUUCUACAUAUACGUACAUAAAGCUGAAUGACUCUAUAAGUGAUUUUGUAUUGAUUGUGUUCAUGAAUAUCUACAUCAAUUCUACAUAUACUUACAUGAAUCUGGGUGACACCAUAUGUGCUCUUGCCUCGGGUGCGUCUAUAGCUAUAUACAGUCAUUCUACAUAUAAGUACAUGAAUCUGUUGACUCCACAUGUGCUCUUGUAUCGGACGCCUUCAUGAUUAUCUACAGUCAUUUUACAUAUCCAUACAUGAAGCUAGAUAACUUCACACGUGCUCUUGUUUUUAGUGUUUAUGAAUAUCAACAGUCUAUCUACAUAUACGUACAUGAACAUGAAUGACGCUUCGCGCGCUCUUGUAUCGAGUGUACUCAUGAAUAUCUGCAAUAAUUUGGCCCUUCUAGCAAUUUUGUUACACAAACACGAACUCUAACCUUGUGCGAUUUUUUUAUAUGGCUGAGUGUUAUUAUAUUAUAAUAUGUAUAUACAAAUAAUGGAUGUAGUGUGAACAAGUAAAGCAAAAUAUUGUAUUGUCAUCAUUUUAUCUUUGCAUAUUUAUUGCAAUGCUUUUACACAUGUAUAUCCGUUGUUGAUACAUUUCUUCAUGCUGUGGUACAACCUAUUUAUUGAUUAUUUAUAAAGGUUAACAAUAUAAUGUUUGUUGAGCAGUAUAUAAUGGUAAAGCCAUGAAUUUGAUAUUUUUUGAUAACUGUUAUUUACAUCUUAAAUAUUGUAAUCUUCGUUUCUUCUGAUAUCGUCUGAAAGCUUAAAGCACAAUAAUGCAGUAAAAAGGCGUAUACAUAUAUAUUACCUAAUGUUUUGUACACCUUAGUACUAUACACCUAUGUAUACAAUAUGUAAUAAAAUGUUGAAAAAAA